ACAUCAAGAUGCACUUUGAGAAACGCGGAACCGAUUUGCAGGAAGAAAAUUAUAUAACGUGCGUGCUUGAUGACGAAACGGUUCUGCCUACUCCAGAGCCUGCUCCGGCCACCACACCUGAGGAAAUCCCAGCAGAGGUGCAAGUAAAUGGUAAAACAGAGGUACGAAAGAGCCCUCAGCCACCUCCACCUCCUCCACCUCCAACGGUGACCAACAAGGUGAAGCAAGAACGUGAGGACACGCCACCUCCUGAAGAAAGUCUGGAUCCAAGCAGGAGUGGUCCCCGAUACUGCAGGUCUUGUGACAUCAGCUUCAAUUAUCUGAGCACGUUCAUUGCUCAUAAGAAGUUCUACUGCUCGAGCCACGCCGGAGAAGCGAGUAAUAAUAACAACAAUAAUAAUAACAAUAAUUCGAGCAGUCACGCGACGACGCCACCAAGGGGCAAGACCGAGGCGUCCGUGCUUUAAGAGACUUCUCUCAGGAUGGGACUGUUAAUUGUUGCCAGUUUAUAUAUAAUAUAAUUGCCGACUAUCCGAUUUAGUUGACUACCGUUGUGUGAUUUCUGUUGAUCCAGGGAAUUGUUUGUACUUAUGUAAGUUGAGUUGUCCGACGUGGUGUUGUACAUACGCGGUGCGU